AUGGAGUCAGUCGCGUCAACGUCGUCGUCUUCGGAGAUGCCUGAGAAAAAGCAUUUCCCAUUCUUCGAACUUCCUUCGGAGCUUCGCAUCAAGAUAUAUCAAUAUGUGCUGUUCAUCGAACAUGGAAAUGGUGUCGUGGAUUUGGACUACUACAACGACAGAAGAAUCGCCCCACGUUUGACGUGUUUCCGUGCUAGUCGGCGCAUGCACGAUGAGGCCUACCCUAUCUUCUACGGCUCGCCACAGCAGCCCUUUAGACUGUUUCCGACUGGCGGACACAUGUACAGAACCAAAAAGCCCUUGCUCGAACUUCUUACGCCAACAUAUCGCGCCGCAAUCAACACGAUCGAGCUGCGGCUAGGGCCAGGAUGGGAGAGGAUUCCUAAAUGCUGGCACACCGGUCCCUCAUUAGGCCUCGCCGAUUGCAUCUCCCUGCGCAACCUGAAAGUCUUCGUGCAAAUAGACCCGACCGAUGCGACCUUUAAGGGACACCAUGGAAAAGGCAAUGACCAAUACACAUAUAUGAAUAUCUCCGCUGGCUGGUUGCAAGAGAUUCUUCAGCAGGUCCCUAGCAUCCGCAACGUCGAGAUUGAUGCGUGGGAAGGAGUGGACAUUGUUUCACCGAUGCUCAACGCGCUGGCUUCUGUGGUUUUGACUGCCGACAAGAGGUUGACUUGGGGUCCGCAACGCUUGAAGAAGCUCGAAGACGACAAGCUACACAAGGCACGCUGGGGCGUGUCAUGCGGCAUGGAGUCCAUGGAUGAAUUGGACUCUCUUAUGACAGCCAUGGUCAUAGGAGAAUCACGAAGCGGGCUGUAA